AUGAAUUCCCCCGUGGUUAAUAGCGUUUCAGAAUGUUUUAUCAAGCCGUCCGGCCAAGCUCAAGAAUCAGAGCAAAUCUGCAAUUUAACACCUUGGGAUAUUGCUAUGAUGUCUGUGCACCACAUCCAGAAGGGUCUACUCUUCAAGAAGCCUGCAACACUAGCUGAUCAACAGGAUUUCAUAGAGAAUCUGUUGGAGAAGCUGAAGCACUCUCUUUCUCUCACCCUCUCCCAUUUCUACCCAUUGGCUGGUCGCCUUGUCACCAACAAAACCAAACACCCUUCCUCUUAUACUGUUUUUGUUGAUUGCAACAACAGUAAUGGAGCUAGAUUCAUCUAUGCAACUUUGGAUAUGACAAUAUCUGACAUCCUAUCUCCCGUUGAUGUCCCACCCAUUGUUCACUCGUUCUUUGACCACCACAAAGCAGUCAACCAUGAUGGUCAUACCAUGCCACUAUUGUCCAUUAAAGUUACUGAACUAGUGGACGGUGUUUUCAUAGGUUGCUCCAUGAACCACAAUAUUGGUGAUGGCACUUCGUAUUGGAAUUUCUUCAAUGCAUGGUCUGAGAUCUUUCAGGAUCAACCUCAAGGAAAUGAACACGAUGUUCCCAUUUCAUGCCAUCCUAUUCAUAAUAGGUGGUUUCCAGAUGGUUGCGGUCCAUUAAUCAACCUUCCCUUCAAACAUCACGAUGAAUUUAUUAGCAGAUUUGAAGCACCUUUGCUGAGAGGGAGAUUCUUCCAUUUUUCUGCAGAGUCUAUUGCAAAGCUGAAAGCAAGGGCCAACUCAGAGUCCAAAACCACCAAAAUCUCCUCUUUCCAAUCCUUGUCAGCGCAUGUUUGGAGAUGCAUAACACGGGCACGCCAGAUGCCACACGGUGAGAGAACAAAGUGCACAUUGGCCAUAGAUAAUCGAUCAAGAAUGGAACCGCCUCUGCCACGCGAGUACUUUGGAAGUGCUGUUGAUGUGGUGAGUGCUAAGAGCACGGUGGGAGAAUUGCUGGAGAAUAAUCUAGGAUGGGCUGCAUGGAAGGUGCACCUGACUGUUGCGAACCAUAACGACAGAGUGGUGAGAGACAUGCUGGAAGAGUGGCUACAACAUCCUGUGAUCUACCAACACGGUGUGCACCUUGACUCGCGUUGUGUGAUGCUAUCAAGUUCUCCCAGGUUCAACGUGUAUGGGAUUGAAUUCGGGAUGGGAAAAGCGGUGGCAGUUCUGAGUGGGUAUGCCAACAAAUUUGAUGGGAACGUGAUAGCAUAUCCAGGACGUGAUGGAGGUGGAACCAUAGAUUUUGAAAUAUCCCUUUCACCUGAUGUAAUGAGUGCACUUGAAUCAAAUGAAGAGUUCAUGGAAGCUGUUUCUGUGCCCACCCCCCUGCACUAG